UCGCGUAGCGUGUUGCUAAAAAAAAUAAAUAAAAGCAAGAAACGUCACAGCAGUCAUAGUUGAAGUUUAUUCCAUGUUCAAGUGAGGUUUUUUUUAUUGUCAAAGAUUUGACCUGUGUUUGGUACCUUUAUGUAAGAAUGAAGCAACUUUAAAAGUGAAUCAAAGCGAGUGUCGACGAUGGAAUGAGAAUAGAUGGAACAGAUGUUUCUGGAAAGUUCUGUGGCAGGCAAUAAUGGCAAAAUUUGGAAUGUCAAAUGGCAGGAAUCAAGAAUCAGACUCUUCAUCUGAUGAACCAGAAGACGUUAGCUCAGUUUCGACAAUUAUGAGACCCAUGAAUGCUUCCACGCCAAUCUCAAUCACAAUCCAAUCCCUAGUGAAAAGUCUUUGUGAAGUUUAUGAACCACAAAGCAAUGAAGCUGAGAAAUUGUAUUUCUCUAUAUGUAAGAAAUUAAAUGAAAUUUCUAUCAUAGAUGAGAGCUACAAGAUGCCUGAGUUUGAGGGAAUGAGGAAUCAGAGCCAAAGAGUGUUCCAUCAUCUCCUCUCAAAAGCUCUCAGUAAUGAUAAUGUGAUCCCAAAACAAUUGCAUUGGCCCAACAAUGAUGUUACUGAUGAAUGGUCUCAUUACAAAAGGGAAUUUGAAGAGGUGUCAUUUAUUGCUGGAGGUGGAUUUGGAAAGGUGUACAGGGUUAGACAUAAAUUGGAUGGCACAGAGUAUGCAGUGAAGAAGAUUUUUAUACGCUCAGAGGGAAUUGAGUCUGUGAGGAAUUACUUAUCAGAAGUGAAAACAUUUGCAAGUCUCAAUCAUUCCAACAUAGUACAAUAUAAAGCUGCAUGGCUGGAGCUAGGUGAAUCUCAAACAACGCUAGACAACAAUUACGAUUACAGUGAUGAUUUUGAAGAUAAUGAUGAAGAGGAUACCGAAGAAGAUACGGAGAAGUCGCAAUUACGCGAUUCUUACAUUUAUCCGAGCGUUAUCUCCGAUAUAACAAUGGAACAAGGGGAUGGAGAUAGUUCUGAUUUUCGAGUGAGCUUCGAAACAUCUACGCAUCGAUCGUUUUCGAAUGGUCAGAGUACUAAAAGGGUAUCGAAGCGCACGAAGAGAAGCAGUAUUUCGGAGGGUGGAAACGCGAUUUGUACAACGGAGGAGAUCAAGAGGAUACAGCUGAGAACUCGUCAGAAAUGGGCAACACUUUUCAUUCAGAUGGCGUACUGUCAGAGCACUUUGAAGCAAUGGCUAGAUACAAGGAACAUGGCAGAGAAGACCAUAGAUAAUGGAGCGUUAGUUCCCAUUUGUAAUGCCAAUAGAGUUAGAACAGUGAUGGAAAUUUUGAGGCAACUGCUUCAAGGACUCUCUUAUAUACAUUCUAGAAACAUUGUGCACCAUGAUAUAAAACCUAGUAACAUUUUUAUGCAGUUGGAAGAUGGAACGUUGCUAGUCCAAUUGGGAGAUUUUGGUUUGGCUUGCCCUCUGCAAAGCAGCCGACAUUCACUUGCCUUCGGUACCAAACUCUACGCGGCACCCGAACAACUCAAAGGUGAAUGCGAUCGAAAGAGCGACAUGUUCUCUUUGGGGAUAGUCGUAUUCGAACUGGCCGAGACGUUCAGAACGAGCAUGGAGAGAAUAAAAUGCAUCGAGGAUUUACGAAAAGGUGCAAUUCCAGUUCACGUGAAAACCAAUCAACCUCAGCUGGCGCAGAUCAUCGGUGAGCUUAUGAUGAAAAACCCAGCUGAGAGACCUGCUGCUGCGGAUUUACUCAAGAGGAUCAACACCGAGGUCUUCGAGUCGGAGAAGGUUCGUCAACUAGAGAACAUGUUGGCGGAGAAACAGGAAGAAAUCAUCAAGUUGAAGCAGCAACUUGCACAGGCUCAAUCCGAUCUCCUGUAAAACUCGAAUUAUUAUUGCCAAAAUUAUAUUACUUUGUCUAUUUUAUUUUUAAGGCCAUUUACAAUAAUUACAUUAUUGCAUCGUCAUAUUUUUUUUUUCAUUGUUAUAUUGUUGCUGCGAUGAAGACAUUUUUAUUCGAUAACUUUCAUCGAGCGAUGGACGGCAGUAUUGUUUCGGCGCUUUUUGGCGCCACUUGAUUCAUCGAAAUUCCAUUUCUUUGUGUUCUAUCAAACGUUUUCGUUAUUUAGUUUUGGAUUCGAAGAAUUGUUUGCAAAUGCAUCUGUUUGCAUGUUUUACAUUUGAAAGUUGAAAUUAUUUUUUUACGUACAUUAUUGAUAGGAUGAAGUCAUUUACUUUUGUACAAUUCUCAACAUUAUUGUACAAAGCAUCCAUGACUGAACAUAAGUGAUUCAUGAAAGAAAUGUGAUAAUUUUGAAAGUUACUUAAUAAAUAAUUUUUAAAUUGA